AGCCCAAAGUUGCGUCAGAUAGGAUUACUGUUAAUGUGAUUCGAUAUAAUCUCUAACUAUAGACAGGUCUGGUGUGAAGCCAAACGCUUUGCCUACGUUGAAGCAAUCAUGGACAUAAUUUGGAAUAUGUUCUUUCUUCUGCUGGUCUGUUGUACAAAACCAACAGCUGCUUCUUGUGUGUCAGAAUGUUAUUGUAGGAAUGACAGCUUUGGAAGAAGUCUGAUCUGCAUGCCUUCCUCUUUGCAGAGAAUACCAGAGAAUAUUCCACACGAUGUUAGAAAGAUCCGAAUCGAAAACUCCCGUCUGGCAGAACUACCUCGUGGUGCAUUCUCCAGAGUCCGUGCCUUGGAAUACCUGUGGUUGAAUUUUAACCAGAUCACGCUCAUGCAUGUGAAGAGCCUGCAGCAUUUGCACAAUCUGUCCGAGCUGAGGCUGCAAGGGAACAAACUGCGUUCAGUACCAUGGACAGCUUUCCAGGAUUGUCCGGCUUUGAAGAUUUUGGAUCUGAAGCACAAUCGAUUGGACGUCCUCCCAGAAUACGCAUUGAGGCAUCUCAUCAACCUGACCUUCCUGGACGUAUCUUUCAACCAACUCACGGUGAUUUCUCAAGAUGUGUUCUCAAACUGGUCAGUUUAUCAGAGAAGCCAGCAGCCUCGGGAUCAGGGGAACAGCCAUUCCAACGCAGUGCUAGCCCUUCAUGAUAACCCGUGGCUCUGCGACUGCCGCCUUAAAGGUUUUGUGCACUUUAUCAAAUCCAUCAGCCCCCCUUUGAUUUUGAUGAACUCUUACCUAACGUGUUCAGGCCCGGAGUCCAGGACCGGGAAAUUUUUCUACGAGGUGGAACUAAAGAGUUGCUUUAAACCGUUAGCAACGGCCGCGGUCAGGAACAUGAGCGUUUCACUCGGAGACGAGGUCCAUUUAUUUUGUGAGGCUAAAGGAAAUCCUACCCCUACUGUGUGGUGGACAAAUGGUGGGAAGAUCAUUCGGAAGUUUAAUGUGUCUUUUGCAAAUAUUGAUGAAGAAACAGUAAAGUCAGAGUUGGUGAUUCCAUCAGCUCAGAGUACCAAUGAAGGAAGUUACAUCUGCAUUACUACAAACUAUCUUGGAAACUCAUCCGUGCAGAUCCUGGUAAACAUUUUAACUUCAGAGUCUUUGGGUACCCAAUCAUCCAUGGCCCCGACAGCUUUUGAAGAAGAGAAUGUUUAUAUAGAUGUGAGGAUUGCAAAGCAAACAGUCUAUGGCAUAACCCUAGAGUGGUAUGCAGCAACUCAGAACCCUGCUGAGACCUGGUACACCCUGCACUUUGGGAAAUUCGAAGACGCUAAAAAGGAAAUGAUUUAUAUUGGACCAGGAGUAAAUACUUAUUCUGUUAACGAUCUGUUCCCAGCAACAAAAUACAAGGUGUGUGUUACACUGAGGAAUCAGCCUCCGAAGAGAGGUCAAUGCAUUAUAUUUGUUACCGGCAAUGACAUUAGUGAACUGGAGCAAAGGGAGAAACUCAUUCACAUUAUAGUCAUUGUUUGUGCCAUGAUUCUGGCAGUCCCGGCUGGAAUGUAUGCUUGUACAACAGAAACACGUUUCAGCUGCUUUGAUAAAUGCAGCAAGUUUUGUCGAAGACAAAGACGAGAGAAAACACUGAAAACAAGAACACAGGAUGUCACCUUUGACAGCCUGCAGACAGGUAGUGAUGCUGAGCUUUGCAACAGAAAUUCCAAGGAAGACAGGAGAAGACGUAAAAAAUCAGAAGACAAAACCCAUAAGGUCAAAACGGAGCACAAAAAUAGUGAUGAAUUAUAUUAAGCAGAACUACUAUUAACUUGCUUUAGUCAAAAUUUAUUUAUCCACCAGUGAAUAUUUUGUACUUGGGGCUGAAUGCCCUGGCUACAUUGAACAUCUGCUGCCAAUGUGGCACAGUUAUUUUGGUCCUAGUUAAAGCAUCUGUUAUUGCAAUUUACUUUAGGCAUUCAGAUUGAUAGUCAUGAUGAAGCAGAACAAAAGUCUUGCUGAUCUCCUGGGGUAUUAGGAGUGCUGUCUUUUGGAAAAGUGGAAGGAGAGAGUGAACGCAAUUUUAUCACUUUAAAGUUUUGUAUCUAACAUUUGGAAUUAGUAUUAUAAAUGAAUGAAAACACUUACAUCAAGUUGGGAAGCAGAGAAGUGUGGAGUUAAUUGGAGAAUAGGUUCUCCCCGAGGAAUACCAGCUAAGGAACAGGAAAACGUAGAAUAAAGAAUGAACAAUGGUGUCACUGACGUGGGUUGUGGUUAUAACACGAUAGCUUUACAUAUACAAUUUCAGCAAUGAGUGUGGGCAUAGAAAUUCAUAAUGAAAUGAAUAUAAAUGUAAGAUUUUGGGUAUUAUUUUUAGGUAUAUUCAUGCACAUUAAUAUUUUCUAUCCAAGGGCUUACUUCACUGUUGACAUUGGAUCCUGUUAGCUUAAUUUCGUCAAAUGCAGCUAAAAGGAAAUUAAUUCAAAGCACACAGUCUUACUUUUCUAAGUUAAUGAAAAGCAGUCAGGAAGAUGAGAAGGCCUGGAUAUUUUAUGGUUUUUCAAGACUAACAAAAUAACUAUCAAAAAGCAGUUGAUAAUGGUAGAGCUGUAAACUGGCAAAUGUAUUAAUAAAGAUGGUUCACAGUUGAAAAAAACGUUUUAAUGUUACUUAUUACAUCCCAAAGUGCAUUAUUUUCAUCAAAUCAAUUUUUGAGUAAGUAAACUAUCAUAGGAAUAAAAUCAGUUUAGUAUACAUCCAAUCAAGGAAUAGAUCUUCUCAGUCAGUGCAACAACAAUGCAGCAGAGAGAUAAACUAUAAAGAAUCAGAGAUGGAGUUUGACAACUAUUAGUGAGUAUAGCAUAAUUGAUAACAGCAAAGGGAUUAAUAUGAAUCACUGGUAACUCCAAGAUCAAAAACAGAAGGCAGUCAAGAUGAUUGAAUACUCUUGGUUUGUUAAAAAGUGAGAAUGACAGGAUUGGUGAACAUAUGUUCAUUUAGGAUUUCAACAAAAUAGCAAUCAAGAUAACUUAAUCUUGAAUAAAAAAGAUGCAAAGCAAGUAAAAGUGUUACCUUUCUGGUCAUGACUUGGAAUUGCCGGUGUUGGAAUGGGGUGGACAAAGUUAAAAAUCAGAGUUGAAAAGUGUGGUGCUGGAAAAGCGCACAGG